AUCAUUCAAAAAUCAGAGUCGGAUCGAAAUUAGCUGCGAUCAAUUUGACCUAUUUUGGCCGAUUCUGACUUAUUCUGAUAAGAUUUUGAUCGAUUUUGACUGAUUCGAUCCUCCGUUUCCGAUAUCCAGAACCUUGAAGAGGGGUAAGCGAUGAAAAUAGGUCUAUGGAGAUGGGUCUGAGAAGGGGUGAGCUGAUAUGAAGUAGCAAAGGGUUGAAGCUUUGCUAUACCAGCACUCAAGAAAUUGGUAGUAAUGUUGCAGCGCCUCUCAUCCCUUCUCAAUAAGAGCAAUUGUCUCUCCCCCACCUCAUAUGUUCCUCUCUGCAAUUUCAUUAAUGGCUGCACCUCUAAAUUCCAAAACCCUAAAACAGAAAUGGCUUUAAUCUCCAGUUCUCUGUUAGCUCACCUUUCGCAUCGGUCUAUUGGCUCGUCCGCUUCGCUUCUCUGCAACCCUUUGGAAAAUCCUAAUAUUCUAACCUCUUCACCAGAAAAUUCCAUUAUGUAUAACCCAGGUCCUCGAACCCGAACUCCUCUUGAAAAGCAAUUUGAGACUUGGAUUGACAAGCUUAAGCCUGGUUUCACCCCUGAAGAAGUCGAUGUUGCUCUCCGUUCUCAAUCAGACCCUGAUCUUGCCCUCGACAUCUUCCGGUGGACUGCACAGCAGCGUUGCUAUAAACAUAACCAUGUCACUUACCACACCAUGAUCGACAUCGCCUUGACUGGGAAGCGCUUCGGGCAUGCUGAAACCCUAAUGGAGGAGGUCCUUGCUGGUGCAUGCUCUGGUAGUGUCACUCUCUACAAUUCAAUGAUCCGGUUCUGCUGUAGCCAAAAACGACUGUUCAACCGUGCAUUUGAUGUUUACAAGAGAAUGCUGAGAUUGCCAGAUUUCAGAUCUUUACUGAAACAGAUGAAGGCUUCUGGUGUCAUUCCAGAUACACAUGUGUUGAAUAUGAUCAUAAAAGCUUACUCAAAGUGCAUUCGAAUGGAUGAAGCUAUUAGGGUUUUUCGUGAAAUGGGUUUAUAUGGUUGUGAACCAAAUGCAUAUACUUACAGUUAUAUUACAAAGGGUUUCUGUGAGAAGGGGAAGGUGAGCCUGGGUUUGGGGUUUUAUAAGGAGAUGAGGGGUAAGUGUUUGGUUCCAACUAGCAGUACUUACAUGACGCUGAUUUGUAGCCUUGCAAUGGAAUGGAUGUUUGAAGAUGCUAUUCACAUUCUGUUUGAUAUGUUGGAUAAUUCUAUGUCUCCUGAUCUCUUAACAUAUAAGACUCUGUUAGGAGAAUUGUGUAGGGAAGGGAAGGGAAAUGAAGCUCUUGAGCUUCUUGAAGAAUUGACGAAGAAGGAUGUUUUGAUGGGGGAGAAAACUUACAAAACCUUGUUGAGGGAAGUGCAGUUUCGAAAUGGGGACUAAAAGUCCAACUGUGAUGCCUGAUUUUCAUUGUUGUAUUUAUAUGUGUCUUCCAAAUUACAUUAUAUUCAUAUAUCCAUGAUAAUAUUGUUUGGGACUACCAGGAAAGGCCGUGGUAUUGCUUUGAAGAUUGAUUAAUCAUCUUUCUUUGCACAGCUUGGGAAGCUGCAAUAUUUUUUUUCUGUUUUGUCUCUUGGUUUCUGCUUAUGUCAAUGCCGAAGGUGGAUACUUGGGACAAAAGUGGAGUCUAUUUCUGUGCUGAUGGGAGUACUGUAGGUGGAGUAUAGACUUUUAUGUUUUUUCCCCAUUUAGAUAUGCCAGGACUUUAAACUAUUUGUACAUCCUUUUCUUAUAAUAUAAUCUUUUGCUGAUCUUUAGCAAAAAUUCAAAUUCAAA